AUGCUCGCGGAAGAUGCCGUGUCAGGGCAUCUAGACGAGAGAACGCUGGAGCUCGUUGGCUCAAUGCUCCUUGAGGAGUUAACCACAGCGUGUUUGCAAGCAGUGAGCACGCUCACCUCGGGCGCGACAGCAGUGCUAUCUCGGAAGCGCCGCAAGCUCCGUAUCGCGGGAAAGUCAAAUCUUUUGAAGGUGGAUUGCUUGGAGCUCAUCCAGACAUGCCGGACCCUCUCUUUUGCUCGAGAGAUCCAUGCCGGGAUUCGUCCCAACGACGUGUUUCUCAACAACAAGAUGAUCGAUCUUUACGGCAGGUUUGGCAGCGUCCAGGAUGCGCAAAGAACUUUCGAUGCCAUGGUCUCUCCAAACGCCUUUUCCUGGUUUUUGAUCCUCAACGUGUACGCGAAGAAUGGAUACCUCCGCGACGCCAAGCAUAUCUUUGACGAGAUGCCGCAAAGAGAUUUGAUCGCCUGGACUACCAUGCUUGCAGCAUAUGCCAAAGAAGGUCAUCUUGAGGCAGCAAAGCACAUGUUUGGAUCGAUGCCUCAGAGGGAUCUCGUGUCAUGGAACACUAUCAUAUCCGCGUUUGCACAAAACGGCGAUAUCCAACAAGCAAGAUCUUCUUUCGAAAACGCGCCGUUAAGAAACUUGAUAACUUGGACGUCAAUGUUAGCAGCAUACGCCCAGAAUGGGCACUUGGAGCACGCCGAGCAUAUCUUUUUCUCAAUGCCAGAGAGAGAUCUCGUGGCUUGGACAACAAUGCUGGUAACUUACGGUAACAGUGGUCAUGUAGAAGACGCUUUUAGAAUAUUUAGUCGUAUGCCUGUGAGGAACGUAGUUGCAUGGGCUUCUAUGCUCGCUGCAUAUACCCAAAACGGCCUCCUUGAGAGAGCUAGGAACUUGUUUGGCAAAAUGCCCGAAAGAGAUCUAGUAUCAUGGACGUGUAUGCUCGCUGCCUUUGCGCAAAAUCGAGAAAUAGAAAAGGCCGAAACUGUUUUUUGGGAUAUGCCCCAGAGGGAUAUGGUUUCCUGGAAUACUAUGCUAUUAGCUUAUGCCCAAAACGGGCAUAUAGAAACAGCAAGACAUAUGUUUCACGAAAUGCCUGCAAGAGAUCUUGUCACCUGGAGCUCAAUGUUGGUGGCACUUGCCGAGAGUGGUAAUUCAGGAGAAGCUAAAGCAUUUUUUGAUAAAAUGCCGCAAAGAGACUUGGUGACUUGGAACUGUCUCCUUGCAAUGUAUGUACAAGCCGGGAAUUUUGACAAGGCCAAGCAAAUGUUUGAUGAGAUGCCGCAGAUAAACAUGGUGACAUCUACGUCGAUGCUGGAAGCAUACGCUCAAAAGGGCGAUUUGGAAGGAGCGAAGUUUACAUUUGACCAGAUGCCUCAACAAGACGUGAUCUCCCUUUCAUGCAUGCUAAAUGCCUACUCUUUGCAUGGACACCUAGAGGAGGCCAAAGCUUUGUUUGAUCAGAUGCCACAGUUCACUCUCAUCUCAUGCAACAUCAUGCUGGCAGCGUACAACCAAGCUCAAAACCUUGAAAGCUCCAUCAAGAUGUUCAUGGAAAUGCCGGAAAGAGACUUGGCAACCUGGAACUCGAUGCUUGGAGCAUACGCCCAGAAUGGCCAAAUCUACAAGUCUAGCCGUGUGUUUGAGACAAUGCCUCACCACGGUGGCGUGUCUUGGAGCACAAUGCUAGCAGCUUACUGCCACAAUGGCCAGUCUAUGAGAGUGUUUGAGGCUUUCGACUCAAUGCAGCUCGUAAGCCCUCCGGAUGAGACAUGUUUCGUUUCGUACUUGGUUGCUUCCAGCCAUGAGGGAAAGCUCUCCAGUGGAAGAGCCUGCUUUCUCUCAAUUUCUCUGGAUCACGGAAUGGAUUGCAUCAAGCAGCAUUACUGCUGCAUGGUUGCGCUAUUGGCGAGGACUGGUUACUUGGUGGAAGCCAAGAAUUUGAUCCUCAACAUGCCGUUUAAGGCCGAUGUUGUAGAUUGGAUGUGUUUGCUCGGGGCCUGCCGAAGCCACAAUGAUAUCAAGCUUGGAAUGCACGCAGCUGGAUGCAUUCUUAGCUCCAACUCAAGCAACACAGCAGGUUAUGUUUUGCUCGCAAACAUUCAAGGCACUUGA